GUGGAACUUCGAGGUUUCAGGGCACGCGCUUGCGCUCAUGGUUGAGGAUGGGCUGGCGGCGGGUCCGGGUCCGCUUACUGGCGCUGUGGGUGACGGGCAAUGGUGGGUCGGAUUGAACCGGGCCUGGCCCGGGCGCCGAGCUGGAGGGGGUGGUGGUGAGGGGCCGCAGAGGCUGCGGUGUUCAAUUUGGCUGAUUGAGGAGUCGGCAGGCUGCAGGAGCCAUGAGGGGUCAGCGGAGCCUGCUGCUGGGCCCAGCCCGCCUCUGUCUGCGCCUGCUUCUGCUCCUGGGUUACAGGCGCCGUUGCCCACCUCUGCUCCGGGGCCUGGUACAGCGCUGGCGCUAUGGCAAGGUCUGCCUGCGCUCCUUGCUCUAUAACUCCUUUGGGGGUGGUGAUACUGCUGUCGAUGCUGCCUUUGAGCCCGUCUACUGGCUGGUGGACAACGUGAUCCGCUGGUUUGGGGUGGUGUUCGUGGUGCUGGUGAUAGUGCUGACGGGCUCCAUCGUGGCCAUCGCCUACUUGUGUGUCCUGCCUCUCAUCCUUCAAACCUACUCGGUGCCACGACUCUGCUGGCAUUUCUUCUACAGUCACUGGAAUCUGAUUCUCAUCGUUUUCCAUUACUACCAGGCCAUCACCACUCCACCUGGGUACCCACCCCAGGGCAGGAAUGACAUUGCCACAGUCUCCAUCUGUAAGAAGUGUAUUUAUCCCAAACCUGCCCGAACACACCACUGCAGCAUCUGCAAUAGGUGUGUGCUGAAGAUGGACCAUCACUGCCCCUGGCUAAAUAACUGUGUGGGCCACUAUAACCAUCGGUACUUCUUCUCUUUCUGCUUUUUCAUGACUCUGGGCUGUGUCUACUGCAGCUAUGGAAGUUGGGACCUUUUCCGGGAGGCUUAUGCUGCCAUUGAGAAAAUGAAACAGCUCGACAAGAACAAACUGCAGGCGGUUGCCAACCAGACUUAUCACCAGACCCCACCACCCACCUUCUCCUUUCGGGAAAGGAUAACUCACAAGAGCCUUGUCUACCUCUGGUUCCUGUGCAGUUCUGUGGCACUUGCCCUGGGUGCCCUAACCAUAUGGCAUGCUGUUCUCAUCAGCCGGGGUGAGACUAGCAUUGAAAGGCACAUCAACAAGAAGGAAAGACGUCGACUACAGGCGAAGGGCAGAGUAUUUAGGAAUCCUUACAACUAUGGCUGUCUGGACAACUGGAAGGUAUUCCUGGGUGUGGACACAGGAAGGCACUGGCUUACCCGUGUGCUGUUACCUUCUAGUCACUUGCCCCAUGGGAAUGGAAUGAGCUGGGACCCCCCUCCCUGGGUGACUGUUCACUCAGCCUCUGUGAUGGCGGUGUGAGCUAGGUUGUGCCAGCCACACUUGAGUAUUUGUUCUGCUGCCUACACUGUCUCAAGGGCCUCCAAGGGCAGCUUUCCUUGGAACCCUUCAUCAAAAGGAGCCAGUGGGCCUGCCUUAAGGUACUAUGCAGGAACAACUGAAGGACCAACCUGGCCAGGGCAGAAGCAAGACACAAUGUGGAGAAAUCCUAGGACUAAAAUCCCUUUACUCAGGCAAACAAGUUCUAGCCCCAGCCUAGGGGUCAGGCAGCUAGCUACCUUGUCCGGUGCUGAUCUGAUAUUCUCCAUGUCACAGCACUGGGGCUGGCCAUCACCUCUCCCACUUGUUGUUUGGGGAAACACCUGAAGGGUACAUCUGGGAUCUUAACUUCUUAAUGGGGCAAAGACAACAGGCCUGCUGCCGAGGUCAGAGUCACUGCCACUUCUCACAUGCUAAUGAAGGGAACAAAAAUAAAGGUGUUUGAUUUGUAAAAGUA